AGAUCGCUCAGCAGUUCAACCUCCUAAAUUAACACACCUGCAAGUCAACCACAAUGUCUUUAUCCUCCACUUCUUCACAAUUAAUCAUCCCUCAAUCUCUCAGCCCCUACACCAUCCCCGUAUCCACCUACAUAUCGACUCACUCCUCUCCCCUAGUUGGCGUCGUCGGCGCAGCUGUAAGAAUCCACCAGAACAAAGUCCUCCUCAUUCAGCGCGUCCCCGGUGACGACUGCCCAAACUUAUGGGAAGUCCCCGGUGUGCUGCUCAUUUCCAAGAAACCAUUCUUGACUGCGUGGUCCGGGAGCUUCGCGAGGAAACCGGCCUACAAGCCUCUGGUGUAACGCGAAUGCUGGGGAAGUUUGAGUGGGAUGAUAGUGCUCUUGAGCCAAAUGGGGUAUCGGAGAGAGAGAAGUGGAAGAUAUUCAUGUUUCUGGUGACAAUAGAGGGAAGUGUGUUGGGGGAUGCCGGAUUGGAUGUGAAGCUUGAGCCGAAGGAGCAUCAGGAUUAAGUGUGGGUUUCAGAAGAGGGAGUGAGGGAUGAUAAUUGUGACAAGGGGGUGCUAAAAUGGGUCUCGCUGAAUCAGAAGCAGGCUAUUUUGAGGGCUCUGAGGGGUUAGUAGGGUUGCUAGUUGUAUAUAUUGUUUUUCGU